AUGUUAAAACUGAUAUUCGAUCACUUAAAUAGUGAUAAAAAAAACAACAGUGGGGCAUAUACUGUAUGUUUUCAGCAAGAAAUACAACUUAGUAGACCAAUUUUAUCACAUAAAAAAUAUAAAUUAUGUGGAUAUACCUGUAGAAGUAACCAAUUCGAUGUCCUUUCUGGACAAUAUAGACUUGAACAAUAUGCGUUAACAAAAACAACAAAGUAUUUAAAAGACCAAACUAUUCUACUGCAUUUUUUAGUUGAAGAUAAAAAACUAGAACAAUUAGAAGCCGAAGUUGAAAAUUUAACGCAAUCAAUUAUCAAAAAGGAUCGAAUCAUAGACGAUUUAAAUGGAAAGGCACAACAAAUUCCUACACUUACGGGUGAUAGUUUAGAUGGCAUUUUAGAUCUUUUCUUGAAGGCCAACAAACAAAUUAUCGAAUCUGAAAAUAGGAACAGUAAUUCUUUUGCUCAAGGGAAGCUAGAAGGACACUGA